AAACAAAAACAAGAGCUUAAGAACAAGAGGAAGAGAUAUUCAUGGAGGGAACAUCACAGAGAUAAAGACUGCCAUUUGUAACUUUUGCUUCUCAACUUUGCUUCAUUUUUUUUUCUUUUUUUUUCUGUUCCUUUGAAUCUUUCAUCUCCUCUUCUUCUUGUUCUUCAAUCGACGGGAAGAUUCAAAGCAGCAGCAAGAACACACCCAAAAGUUGCAGGUUAUUCUGUUUGCAAUUAUUAUAUUCUUCCUCUAAUCCGAACUGUUUCUUUCUUGUGUUGGAUCGGAUCUGAAAGUGCUUCAGAAACUCGGAAAAAAGAGCAAGGAACUCGCAAAGUUGCUUCGCUUUUCCUCUAUUUGGUUGCGUUUUUAGGACAGAUAGAUAUUCAUUUGGCGUUUGCAAGAACGACAUUAAUAAGUUGAAGAUUUUGUAAUCAAUGGCUUUAGAAAUUACCACAAUGGUUGCGAUCAAUUGCUGCAUCCCAUUCACCACACCCUAAGAUCUAGCCUGGGAGUGCUUGAGCCGAGCUGCUGAUGGAGUCACUCGUUGAUGGUAUGAGUUCUUUACUUAAAACUCAGAACCCGACAUCUACAGUGAGGAUUCUCGAUUCGUCGUGCCACCUUUCUGCUAAACAAUCAAGGGAUGAAGCCAGUUCUUCGACAUCCUACGUUACAUCUCAGAAUUGUGCCAAGAAACCUGUUCGUCAUCCAAAUGGUUCUUCUGUAAGUAUUAAAAAACAACCCGAUUCGCAGCUUGAAGGUUCAACGGAUGUGAAAAAACAUACACAUGUUUCCAAUAAGGGGAAAUCUGAGCUUGUAAACCCGACGGAUGUUUCGUAUAAAUCAACUGAAACUUCUUUUCAGAAGAAGGUUCCUUUGGAGGGAGGUGGAGCAAAACCUCUUGUGAAGCAUGGUAUUGAAGAUUCUAAGGAUUGUUGUUCAAGUGGUUUGGAACAAUCUGGAAAUCGAGUAUUAAACGCAUCGAAAGGAGAUUCCACAAAAACAAAUGAUCAACAAAAGUCUCAGCCAGAUGAAAUUUCUUGUCCAAGUCCUCAGAACAGCUUAUAUUCCACGACGUUAUAUGCCGAGGCCAAACAAAGUUUCUCAAACACAGAAGUCAGUGAAUGUGCAAGCAGUAUUAAAAAGUCUUGUGAAAGCAUUGACAUCACAAGUUCCUACGAUCUCGACAAAAGCAGGAAAACAAGUGUUUACCGAGGCAGCACCGGCAGUGAUAUCAGUGAUGAGAGCAACUCGAGUAGUUUAAGCAAUGUCAUGUAUAAGCCCCAUAAGGCAAAUGAUACAAGAUGGGAAGCAAUGCAAGUUGUGAGGUCUCAUGAUGGGAUGUUAGGACUGAAUCAUUUCAGGUUGCUGCGGAGACUGGGAUGUGGCGAUAUCGGUAGUGUCUAUCUUUCGGAGUUAACCGGUACCAAAACUUAUUUUGCAAUGAAGGUUAUGGAUAAAGCUGCUUUGGCAAGUAGGAAGAAGCUUCUGAGGGCUCAGACCGAGCGCGAGAUAUUGCAAUCUCUGGAUCAUCCUUUCCUUCCUACUUUGUAUACACACUUCGAGACAGAGAAGUUCUCUUGCUUGGUAAUGGAGUUUUGCCCAGGAGGCGACUUGCACGCGCUUAGGCAGAGGCAACCCGGAAAAUUCUUCCCGGAGCAUGCUGCAAGAUUCUAUGUGGCUGAAGUUCUUCUUGCAUUGGAGUAUCUGCACAUGCUUGGGAUAAUCUAUAGGGACCUAAAACCUGAAAAUGUGUUGGUUAGAGAUGAUGGGCACAUAAUGCUAUCUGAUUUUGACCUGUCUCUUAGAUGCGCGGUUUCCCCGACCCUUGUUAAGUCAUCAAACACGGGUUUAGAAUCUAAAAGCUUGGGCUACUGUGCUCAGCCUGCUUGCAUUGAGCCGACUUGCAUAAUGCAGCCAGAUUGUAUCCAGCCAGCAUGUUUUACGCCUCGCUUCUUAAGCAGGCACAGGAAAGAAAAAAAGUCGAAACCAAAGAGUGAAGUAUAUCAUCAAGUGAGCCCUCUACCAGAGCUCAUUGCUGAGCCCACAAGUGCGAGAUCGAUGUCCUUUGUCGGUACACAUGAGUACCUCGCACCUGAAAUCAUAAAAGGUGAGGGUCAUGGCAGUGCUGUGGAUUGGUGGACUUUCGGGAUCUUUCUCUACGAGCUUUUGUUCGGUAGAACGCCAUUCAAGGGAGCUGGGAACCGAGCUACUUUGUUUAAUGUGGUUGGUCAGCCAUUGAGAUUUCCAGAGUCUCCUUCUGUGAGCUUUGCAGCAAGGGACUUGAUCAGAGGCUUGCUCGUAAAAGAACCACAGCACCGUCUCGCUUAUAGGCGUGGUGCUACCGAGAUCAAACAACAUCCGUUCUUCCAGAGCGUGAAUUGGGCACUCAUCCGCUGUGCCAAUCCUCCAGAAGUGCCAAGAGUAGAUGCCAUUGAUUUCUCUUCAAGAAUGGAGACACCACACGCACCAGCAGGCGAAAAAACGUCGGGAGUCGAUGUGAAGCCUUCAGGUAAUUAUUUAGAGAUCGACUUCUUUUGAAUCUUAUUGUCGUUUUUUCUUUUUCGGGUCUUUCAACCAAUCUCCCUUCUCCCUCAAUGCUUCGUUUUCCCAUUGCAAUGGGGAUUACAGAAGUGUCCUGCUAUGGUUUCAUUAUUUUUAACUCGCCUAGUAACUGUGUACUGUGCUGUGUCUGCUGCUGCAUAAUAAACCUGUCUGAGAAAAUGUGCACAAGAUUCAUCAAAAUUGGGGAAUGGAAUUGUUGGAUUUCCUAAA